AUGGCAUGUAAUAUUUUAUAUCUAAAUACUUAUACGCCUAUUAAUUUUAAUCGGGUUAUUCUUCGAAUACGUCGCCAAAGGAACGUUUUUACAAGAAUUCGACAACGAAAUGUUGGAGGUGUAUCUAUCAAUAAUGAUGAGACCUUGAAUCUCAUUGCGCAGUUACCGUUACAGGAGAUUGACGAAACCGACGAUUCAUUUGCAAGUCAACUUUUUCUUGGCUCGACUUUUCCAUGA